AUGGAUAGUAUUGAAUCCCAGCUUGUUCUUUUUCGACAAAAUCCAUUUCGAUUCAAUCGAUAUCUUGCCGUCUCGAGGCCAAGUCCAUCAGAUGCCUUAAAAAACUCACCCUUGCGCAUAGUUCCAAACGAUGUUAUGCAAAUGAUUGCUAAACAUUUUACUCCUGCAUCGGCUGGAUCCUUUUUCCUCACUUGUCGACAAAUUGGUUUGGUGAUUGGAACGCAAUACAUCGAUGGCUUGAAGACUUCGAAAGACGACACACUGGAAUUUCUGAAUCUUUUGGAACAUGAUCUUCAAGAUCAAAUCGCUUGUACUUUUUGCAGAAAACUUCAUAAAAUACGAAAUGCUGAGAGAUAUGCCAAAAAGUCUUAUUGCUGGGAAGGAUACUCAACUGACCCAGAGAUUUCUGGACUUCCAGAAUUUGAUACAAUACCAAGUUGUGUAAAAGAGGAUGAAUUGCGCCGGGUGGGUUUAUAUGCCCACAAGAAUUUUGGUGUCACUAUUUCCAAAAUGGCAAUAAAGCACUACCGACUUUUUGGCAACGAUGCUCAAACCAGGCGGCUCUUAAGGCUUUUGUCGGCACCCGAGAACUACUCCGAUGAUAGAUCUUGCAAAAGUUUGAGGACAGAGAAGAAAGGAGAAUGCCGUAUGAAGAAUGGAUCCAUAUUCACCCGGAAACUCAUGAAAUACAAUUGGAAAUGCCAAAGUCUUGAAAUACCUAGUCAUAUACCUAUUUGCUCUCAUCUUCAUCUCGCGAAAGUUGGUUCUAAGCUCUGCGCCAGAUUAUACUGUGCCUACAGUAGACCCGAAGAGAUCUGGUCAGCGUUACAACUACCUUGUCAGAAAUACACUGCCACCAACGAGAACAACAUCUCCCGCGAUAUUCAUUCGGGACUUUUGCAGUGUCGGUAUUGUCUAACAGUAUUCAAAGUUGAAUUGAAGCACCAUAAUCGAUACCCUAUCUCUCGCUGCACCACGGCACUGGCAAUCGUUGUUUACAAGCAGUUCGAGUCGGAGGCAGAUUGGAAGACGCAUCUGCCACUUUUAGGUUCAGACGACGGAGAAAGCGUACCGAUUGAGUUCUCCAAAGAGAAAAUCAGCUCUGUCUUUGAAGUGGAUGAUACUGGUUUUGGACCUACAUUUACUUCUUGGAGUGAGUUUUAUCUUGCAUGGCAAAAAGUGUUUCUGGAUGAACUGGAAUUGGCUUGUCUUGCAGUGAUAUUGUCACUAUUGUACUGGCAUCGUACAUAA